AUGGCGGAUGCAGCUAAAUCGUCCAAAUGGAAGAGAGCGCGUGGGCCAAAGGUUAGGUCUGGCUGUACUACAUGCAAAAUCCGCCAUCUGAAAUGCGACGAGACAAGACCAGAGUGUCUUCGCUGCGUAAAGGACAAAAGAACAUGCGACGGCUAUGAGAUGCCAGUCCACUAUAAGCCCAGGACGAAGAAGAAACAACAAGACGCUAUAGUCCGUCGAGCCCCAACAUCAGCAAAACUACUAGUUCCAGCCGGUCUAUCACCCGAAUCCUUCGGCUCAUCGAUAGAACUAGAUCUCUGCCACCAUUUCCGAACAUGCACCGUCUCAGAACUAGCCAGCUCCCUAAACGCGAUGAGUUUCUGGCACGACUACGCUUUACCGCUUAGCCAAGACUCCAAACCGGUCAAAGCCGCGAUAGGCGCGUUGGGCGGCGCGCACAAGGCUUUCAAACUUCAGACGCAGACUGAUUCACUUACGCAGUCGCUUGCUCAGUCUUAUGAGGUUGCGAGCAUUCAGCAGUAUAAUAAUGCUAUUCAGGUUAUGCAGGAGUAUAUGACUUCGCCCGAGAAGAACUUCCAGGUUGUUCUUACGUGCUGUUUGAUCUUUAUCUGCACGGAGAGUUUAUAUGGGCGAUACGCGAAUGUUACCCGACACUUAGAAGCCGCGUUUUCGUUACUAAACACGCAGCAUUUAUCUGAUUACGGCCAGGGAACGGGAGGGCAGGAUGAUCAGAUGGCCAAGUUUAUGGAGAAUAUCGGUCCUUCACUCUGCGGUCUCGCGUCUGACCUUUUCUUCUACAUGGGCGACAAUCACUCGUCGAAACUAGUAUCGGAGCUGCAGAAGUGGCUUCAUCGCCAAGAUCCGAUCUACCUGCAAGAACCCGGGGCCCCUUUCUUUUCCGCCCAAGCAGCUGCAUCAUCCUUGACGCGGAUAGAGACCAUCUGUGGGAUGGACAUGUACACAGAGUGUCCUACGUGUUUGACUCUGGGAUUCCCUUGUGGCAAGGAUGCUUUGGUGUGUCGUCGAUUUGACCAUGGUUUGGACCCGGAGUCAUUCUUUCGAUAUUGGAGCGCGCGAUAUAACGCGUUCAAACUCAACUUUGAUCCCUCGACAGCGUCGGAGGCAGAGAUAUUUCGCUUCAAGGUUCUUGAACUUGAAGAAACGACUUGGCACGCGACGUUCAAGCUAAACUCGAUGAAGGAUGAUCUCGAAACAUCAGACUGUAUCGAGAUUCUCAAGAAGGCCGAGUCUAUCAUCGAACUAUCACAGAGCGAGACCGGUCACAUCUUCACCUUCCAAGCAAACCUAGUCCCGCCAAUCGCCUACGUUAUUAUAUCGUGCCAGGACGAGAAGAUUCAGUGGGAAGGAGUCCGACUUUUACGAUCUCUUGGACGAAGAGAGGGAGUCUGGGAUAGCAAGAAGAUGGCGGAUAUUUACGCGAACAUGAUUACUGCAAAGAAGGACAAGUUGUUGUCGUGGGAUAUGAUACCCCCUGAUGUGCCGCAGUUGACGGAGCUGUUGGAUUCGGUUCGGUUGGAGGGCUCGCCGGAGAGGGUGUCGCCGGAGAGGAUGAUGAAUAGACUGUAG